AUGAUUUCAGAUAUAUGGCGGUUGGCCCAGCAGGUGAAAGUUAGACAAAGAGUCAUAGUUACUGCAAUCACAUACUUCAGGUGUGUCUGUACAAGAAAGAGCAUGGCGGAGUAUGAUCCUUGUUUGGUAGCACCAGCUUGUUUGUAUUUGGCAUCAAAGGUGGAGGAAAGCACAGUGCAAACAAGGCAUCUCGUAUUUUACAUCAAGAUGAUGUGUGUGGUAACUGGUUCUGAUGACAAGUACAGAUUUGAAUUCAAAUAUAUUCUUGAAAUGGAAAUGAAGCUCCUGGAAGCACUCAACUAUUAUUUGGUUGUUUUGCACCCAUACUGUCCUCUUUUACUGUUAUUGCAGGAUGCUGGCAUAACAGAUCUGACACAAUUCGCCUGGGGCCUUGUCAAUGAUACUUACAAGAUGGAUCUUAUUCUCAUAUAUCCUCCAUAUAUGAGUGCAUUGGCCUGCAUAUACAUUGCAAGUGUUCUUAAAGGUAAGGACACGACUUCCUGGUUUGAAGAACUCCAUGUUGACAUGAACAUUCUUAAGAAUAUUUCUAUGGAAAUCUUGGACUUGUACGACACCUACAAGAUUGAUCCUAAUAGGGGCCUCUAG